AGGAUGAGAGGGAAGGAAGGAGGAAAAGCAGAAAGGAUGAGACGAGAUAAAGCAUGUGGGAGGUGUAAAUCCUGUUCCGGUGAAGCGGCAGUGAGAGGAGGAGAGGUAUGAAGAAUAGGGAGCUGUUGGAGGUGUCCCAUGGGCAUGUUUGUCCUCUGGCCGCUCAGCCUGUGUGUCUCUGCUCUGCACACAGACACUCUGGGAGGCAGAAGAAAGACCGUCUAAAAAUAAACUGACACGCACCACCACCACCAGCACCAGCAGAAAAACAACACAUACAAGAAGACAAAGAAGAUCUUCCCUUUUGUUUUGGUCUCUUUCACCCCAUCCGUCUCUCUCCCUGCUCCAUUUCUGUGUCCUCAUUACGGCCUGAGAGGAGGUCAUGUCCCAGUCUGGAAAAGUCCUUCAUUUGUAUGUGGAAGUGAGGUCUGCCCCAGAUCAGAGUGGAGGGAAGGAAGGGAUCGCUCAGGGGCAUUCGGUUCAGGACAGUCCAGCGGAGCUCCUGUCUCAGCUCGCGAGCCAGAAGAGUGUCACCAAGGCGACCACGGCUCAUCGCCUGGUUCGGGACAGCACGCCGUCUCCCUCUAGAAACAGUUUUCAGCAAACCAGCAGCUCCCCGAAAGUCACAACGCUUCGGAGUGAUGGAGUGUCUGCCGUGAUGCCGUCUUCUGGAAAAGUCUCUCCAAACUGCCGGAGGUUCAGGGAGGAGGAGGUCAGGGAUGGCACGCGAUCUGUCGUCACCUUCAGCUACAUCGAGAAAUCCAACGUAAAGACCGUGGACAGUCCACGCAACCAGAGAGGCCCCAGAGAGGAGCGAUCCACCCCUUCUCACAUCCGUAAAAGACUCAGCGACCCAGUUUGGUUCGGAAGUCCCAAUUCCUCGUGCAGCUCCAGUCCUAAGCAGACUUUCCGAUCUCCGGGAAGUCGCCAGUUUUCACCCAGCCUUCGCCAACCAGCUUUGGACCCCAUCGGCAGGGCAGCUACCCAGAGGGCCGUAGAGGAGUUCGGCUCACCUCUGCUGAGGAUUAAACUUGCGCAUGCACUCGAGCAAGCCUCGGCGGCACACUACAAGCCCCGCUGUCAGUCCUGGGCGGGGUCUCCGGUUCAACGUCAGAACCUCAAAGAGCACGUUGUGGAUAAGGCUGUUUGUGGGCUGCCUCGGAGCCCAGCGUCGGACCAGCUGUCCUCCCAGUCCAGACACCCGAAGCUGCAGAGUCCGCUUCACUGGUCGACGGAGGAUAGAGCUGUCGCAGGAAGUCCAGCCACUAAAAGACACGUUCACAGGAACCCUUCACCACAAGGAGCGAUCCUUCAACUUGGCAAUAAUGUUGCUGAGGGUUUGAACCAGUUAAGUGACAGUAAGUCCUCCUCGCCGGCUCACAGCCCCGAGGUCGCCCGCAGGUUAGCAGAGGAAGCCACCAAAGUAUCUUCUAUCUUUACCGAAGCGAGACGAUCCUCACCGCACAACGCUUUAGGCGAGCCUGCUGGAGAAUUUCACACUCCAGCUCCAAACGCACAAAUGCUUAAGAUGAACAUCCCUUUAAACGACCAGCAAACGCCAGCAAUUGACAACGCCGACUCUCACCAGCCCGAAAACUCGACGCACUCACACGAAACUAAUAGUCAACAGGACGUUCACAAGUCAAUUUUAUCAGCAUGUCCGAGUUCCCCCGCUAUCCCUUCACGCGUCCUCCGUCCCUCUCAUCCUCCAACGGAACUCAGCUCGCCCAUGAGGGACCCCAGGUUAUUCCAAGUGGAUCUGCGAGCACCGGAUACGCCGACGCUGCAUCGCCGUCAGCUCCCGCAGUACGCCAGAGAGUCCUGGUCCCUGAGUUUGGACAAUAGAGGAGACCCAAGCUGUUUCGAGAGAGGGGACUGCACUGAGAUCGCACGCAGGCUUUUUAUCAAUCAGAGCGUCGAGGAGGCGCCGGUGAGCUGGACGUCCAGGCAGCAGUGGGGGAAUCAGGUGGAGAACAGUCCGAGACCGGAGCCUGAAUUUGGGUCUACAAACGACCAAACUCCUGAUGGUCGAUCCGGUCGCCAUCGCAGGCCGCUCAGUCCAGCAACCCAGCAGAAACGUGCAGAGCAGAGGAGGAGGGAGAUCCUGCUGCUGGGGCCGGUGGCGCUGGACUCUGCGGAGGAGGACGAGGGCUGUGAGGAGGAGGGACAGGGGAACGAGGUGGAGGGGAACGAGGCGGAGCAGCCGAGAGUGGAGGAGGCUCCAGAGGUGGAGCAGAACGGAGCGAUGGGAGGAUCUUCCUCCCGGAGCUCCAGUGGGGUGACGGGCAGCCUGGGGGACAGGGACUGUGUGUCCCCCGAGUCCAGUCAGUCCAGUCACCAGAGCAAUGAGACCGGGGCCGCCACCUCAGGAAUACAGACGGACAGUGGCUGUGCAGUGCCCGUGCCCUCGCUCCAUUGUCAGAGGAUCGCUCGUGCCAAGUGGGAGUUUUUAUUCGGGACCCCUACUGAGGAGGCUGCUGGCAGAGGGGAGAAGAACUCUCUGGAAACCUCCACUGCUCCUCCCAGCGGUAACUCCAGCGAGUCUCCCACUCCGACUCCCCCGUCCUCCCUCCCUUUACUUUCUGCCAAUCACGAGGUGCAGCACGUCGAGGUCGAGCUGGUGACACCUCCUCCCGCCGUUAUUGGGACUUCCCCCAAAACUGGCAUCAUUCGUCGGACGUUAAAGUACUCAGAAACGGACCUGGACGCCGUCCCGCUGCGCUGCUACAGAGAGACAGACAUUGACGAGGUGCUGCUGGCAGAGCAGGACGACGACGACUCUGCGUUUGGAAGUAACCGCAGCGUGCAGGGCAACUCGGGGACAGGAAGCAGCCCACUGGGGGGGCUGGCUUAUGGGAGGGAAGAAGAGGAGGAGGAAGAGGAGGAAAUGGUGAGCUGGGCCAGUGUGAGGAUGCAGGGAGACAACAGGAAGCAGCAGUAUGCAGCGGAGGAGGAGCCCGAGGUGUUCAGACACCUUCUGAAGAGACCGAUGGAGACGUUUUUUGACAACCACCACCCGGCCCUGAAGUCCCCCAUCCUGGUGUCCGGUCCUCGCUGUGGUGCGGAGGACACCUUCAGCCGCCACUUUGAGAGCAUCAUGGAGUCCCACCGAGCCAAAGGCACAUCGUACAACAGCCUGGACAGCGAGGAGCUGCUGACCUCCAGCACCCAAACCGUCCUGACCUUUGACCUGCCCACAUUGACCCCUGCCAUCCACGGGCCGGUCUGUCAGAGCGCCAGGCAGAUCGUCCAGCUCAGCUUCGCCCCGCUGGCACACGACGAGAGGCCCAGUCUCUCGGAUUCCAUCUUCACCGUGACGGGGGACUCGGACGCCACCAGAGCCCCGUCCAGCGAGAGGCUGAGCAGCGAAUCAGACGACACGCCGCCCAGAGGACAUCAGUGUUCGCAGCUGGGGAGCAGCUGGUACAGCAACCCGUCCUUCUCAUUACCAAGCAGGGACAAGGCCCGUCUGGCGACCGAUUCGGAGCUGGACCAGGACCUCAGUGACCGGCUGGGUCUGGGCAGCAGCGAGACUCUCACCAACGGCAGCCACCGAGCCGACGUGGCCGCCGCCAGACGCUUGGCCAAACGUCUCUUCAACUUGGACGGAUUCAGAAAAUCCGAUGUGGCGCGACACCUCAGCAAGAAUAAUGACUUCAGCCGUAUGGUAGCAGAAGAGUAUCUGAGUUUCUUCAACUUCACAGGCCUCGCUGUGGACCAGGCGUUACGGACUUUCCUCAGACAGUUUGCUCUGAUGGGGGAGACUCAGGAGAGAGAGAGGGUGCUCUCACACUUUUCUAAACGAUACUGGGACUGCAACCCAAAAAUCAUACCAUCAGAGGAUGCAGUUCACACUCUCACCUGUGCCCUCAUGCUGCUGAACACAGAUCUACACGGCCAGAACAUCGGUAAGAGGAUGUCGUGCACGCAGUUCAUUGGCAACCUGGAAGGACUGAACGAAGGCCAAGAUUUUCACAAGGAUCUGCUUAAAGCUCUCUACAACUCCAUCAAGAACCAGAAGCUGCAGUGGACGCUCGACGAGGAAGAGCUGCGGAAGUCAUUUUCGGAGCUCGGGGACAGCCUGUGUGACUCCACCGCCUCCAGAUCGGUGAAGGGGGAGGGCAGCAGCGGGAAGAACCUGACGGACGACACGCAGCCGACCGGAUUGCUGCUGUACAAGAACGGAUUCCUCGUCCGCAAAGUCCACGCAGACUCGGACGGCAAGAGAACACCGAGAGGGAAGAGAGGCUGGAAGACCUUCUACGCCAUCCUGAAAGGGCUCAUUCUCUACCUGCAGAAGGGGGAGUACAGGCCUGAUAAACAGCUGUCUGAGGAGGACCUGAAGAACGCCGUCUCCAUCCACCACUCUCUCGCCAUGAAGGCUUCAGACUACAGCAAGAGGCCCAACGUCUUCUACCUGCGCACCGCCGACUGGAGGGUGUAUCUCUUCCAGGCACCGAACGCAGAGCAGAUGCAGUCUUGGAUCACACGGAUCAACACGGUGGCCGCCAUGUUCUCAGCUCCUCCUUUCCCAGCAGCCAUCGGCUCCCAGAAGAAGUUCAGCCGGCCGCUGCUGCCGGGGACGAUGUCGAAGCUGUCGGAGGAGGAGCAGAUCAGAUCCCAUGAAGCUCGAUUCAGAGCCCUCUCCACCGAGCUGGCCGAGCUGCGCUCCUACCCUCCUGAUCGCAAGGUCAAAGGGCGCGAGCUGGAGGAGUACCGACAGCGAGACGAAUAUCUGGAGUUUGAGAAAACACGGUACGGGACUUACGUCAUGCUGCUGCGAGCCAAAAUCCGGAGCGGUGAGGAGGACCUGUCUGUGUUCGAGUCCCAGCUGCUGGAGGACAACGGUCUGCAGCGGGCUCACUCCAGCCCCACGCUGCAGGACAGCAGCCAGGCGAGCCAGAUCAGCCAGGCCAGCAGCGCCAGGGACGGAGGCACCAGCAGCAGAGCCAGCGGCUGCAGCAGCAGCAAACCGCGGCAGGAAGGCCAGAGACACAGCUACCGGCAGGCCGUCAAGAAGUGAGACGGGGCGGGGGCGCCGGGAGCGGCACAGCGUUGCACUGCCAGCGGCAGGUCGUCUCCCUGCAUCGGUUUUUAUUUGAGAUCCAGGAGGGUUUGGAGCUCUGCUUGACGGGGGAGCAGGAGUGAGGGUCCACCCCACGCCCUCCCCCGAAACCACGACGCCCUACCCGGCACCCCAAUCUUCUCAUCGAACAGAGGAGGUGCAGAUCCUGUGAGUGGCUGAGGAGCACCGGCGAGGGUGCAGGAGGUGGGAGGAGCGGCUGGGAGGUCACAGAUCUGCAGAGACGAGGAGUCUUUGAGAGCUGGGUGCGGCCGCAGACUGAACUGUGCAGCGAGAAACAGAGAAGUGCGACAAGGACGUACAUCCAGCAUCCCUUCCUUUUUCUCCCCUUGUGUUCCUCCUCUCCAGCCACACCCUCCCACCCUUUAUUUUCUUGACCUUUCGCUCAGUUUUUGGGACCAAACGUUUUAAAACAUCACAUUUUAGACGAUUUGAAGCGCUGUAACCGUCACUGGACUUUAUCACCGGGAGCCAUUUACAUUCCAGCUCCUUGUUUUUUGUCACCGCGGCGUUUUCACAUUCCUCACAGGAGCCGGACGUCACAGCUCUCAGCUCACUGACGAAUCGGGAUCAGUCUGGAUCUACGGAGCGUGUCGAGGGUGAGGCCUCUUUUCUCUCGUCACUGACGGGCAGUUCGAGGCGUCAGCAGAACUCCUGAUAUGCAGCAAAUGCAUCUCAUCUACAUUUUUUAUUUUUUAUUUGCUCUACUUGAACAGGCGAUCUCUUUCCCAGUUGCUUUGGCUUCUGUCCCGUGGUGUGCUUCUGUUCUCUUUCUUGGCCGAAUGUUUUUCUCCAGUGAUCCGCAUGCCUGCAUCCAGCACUGCUUCUUUUAGGCCUUUUUACUACUUUGAGGGCAGCAGACGUCGCUCUCCGGGGUCCUUUUUCGUUUUUUUCUCCUCAUGCCGGUGCCGUAACCCAACAUCUCCGUCUGUACCUAUAGGCUCUCAUUUAUAAAACCCUAUUUUAACACUCACCAGGCAGACCCUGAAUGUUCUUGUUUUUUCAAUAUUUUUAUGGUAUUUUACAGUCGUUUGUUGAUGUUGAACCUCCCGUGUAUGUCACGUAUAUGAAGAAAUAUGAUACUGAAAAUGUAAAAUAUGUUAACCCAUACUCUUUGUAAACAUCCGGGAUGUGUUGUGUGUAUAUAUAUAUAUAACACACCAUCAGCUUAUAUUGUAGGUAUAUAUAUUUACAAUAUAUUCAAACACACUAUUGUGAAGAUGCGUUAGGUGCACUCUUGUACGUCCUAAAAGCGCUACACGAUAACUUUCUUUUUUCUUACAUGGUGGUAAUAAUUCAGCACAAUAUGAGUAUUAUAGUAUGUACCUAUCAGAGAUUAGUAAAGGGUGUUUGUGGCGGAAUUACACACACACACACACACACACACACACACA